AUGACCCGCGAAGUGGUUUCUGAGGUUCACCUAGAAAUCAGUGAUCCAAAGCUCAUUUCACAGGAAGAAGCCGAUAGCCCUUCAGACAGUGGACAAGGCAGUGAAACAAUUGUGCCCCUGAGUGACGGAGAUUCAGAUGAAGAGAUAUUCGUGAGUAAGAAAUUAAAAAGCAGGAAGGUGCUACAAGACAGUGAGUCUGAGAGAGAGGACACAAAUGCCUCUCCAGAGAAAACUCCCUAUGACAGUGUCGAGGAGGAAAAUAAAGAGAAUUUAUACGCUGGAAGAAAUGGAAAAGUCCGAAGGAUUUACAAAACUCUGGCGGACAGUGCUGGAAGUGACAUUGAGGAGUCUUUGUGUCAGGAAAAUCUUGAAACUCGGGUGAUGCCUUGCUUGCAGCGGAGUCUCCAAUCUGAAAACUCUGUGGACUUCACAGUUGACAGAAAGAUUUCCAAAAAACCCAAAUGUGAUAAAGAAGGAAUUGAAGGAAAGGUAAAAUCAAAGAGAAGACUUGAGAAAGAGGAAAAAAAGAUGAAAAAAAUCAGGCAACUAAAAAAGAAGGAAACAAAAAAUGAGGAAGAUGAUGUGAAACAGCCAUUUAAUGACAGUGGCUGUCUUCUUAUGGAUAAAGACCUUUUUGAAACUGGGCUGGAGGAGGAGGAAGAGGAGGAAAAUAACUCUGCAUUGGAAGAUGAAGAGUCAUUAGAAUCAAUAAGGGCAGCUGUGAAAAACAAAGUAAAAAAGCACAAGAAAAAGGAACUGUCUUUGGAGGGUGGGGUAUGUCCAUUUGAAGAAGAAACUGAGUUAUCGAAAGGCACCAUGAGGAAGGAAAGGAAGGCAGCCAGAUUAAGUAAGGAAGCAUUAAAAAAACUGCAUAGUGAAACUCAGCGCCUUAUUCGAGAGUCUGCACUUAAUCUUCCAUAUCAUAUGCCGGAGAAUAAAACCAUUCAUGAUUUCUUCAAACGUAAACCCCGACCCACUUGCCAGGGAAAUGCUAUGGCACUACUGAAGUCAUCUAAGUAUCAGUCAAGCCAUCCCAAAGAAACCACAGACACUGCAAAUACAAGUGAGAAGAAUAAUGACCACCAUAGCAAAGAUUCUGAGCAGACAACAGGUGCAGGAUAUGAAAUGGAAAUUAAUGCACUCCCUGCAGCUUCACAGGAACCCCAGAUCACUACUGGAUCAGAUGAGUCUUGCAGUAAGGACUUGAUGGGAAGUGAAGAACAAGAAAUUCAGGAGAAACAGAAGCAGAGUGAUGAUAGACCUUCACCCGAGGACAGCUCCGUGGCACAACAGGAAUCCAGCUUCCUUGGGAAUGAGGACAAUGAGGAGUAUCAGGCUGGAAGGCUUGUGGCACCUGAACCUCAUGCUCUAGAAGGAGAAGAAGGCCUGAAGAAAACAGAAGAAGGAGAUGAGAAGGUGGAGGAGUCUGGGCAGCAAACUAAAUCAAUAAUUGUGCCACCUGAAAAAGUGAGGAGAUUCACUCUGGAUAGACUGAAGCAACUGGGGAUAGAUGUUUCCAUUAAACCUCGACUGGGUGCUGAUGAGGAUUCCUUUGUGAUACUUGAAGAGCCUGAAACCAACAGAGAACUGGAAGCCUUGAAACAGCGUUUCUGGAAGCACGCUAACCCAGCAGUGAAGCCCAGGGCUGGUCAGAAGGUGAAUGUGAACAUCAUAGUGAAAGACGUGGACACUGAUGGCAGGGAAGAGCUGAAGGCAGAUGUGGUACCCGUGACUUUGGCAGCUGAGAAGCUGGAUGGAGCAAGCCACACAAAACCAGGUGAAAAGCUUCAGGUGCUGAAAGCCAAACUACAGGAAGCGAUGAAACUCCGUAGGCUUGAGGAGCGCCGAAAGCGCCAGGCGUUGUUUAAGUUAGAUAAUGAAGAUGGAUUUGAAGAAGAGGAAGAGGAGGAAGAAAUGACGGAUGAGUCGGAGGAAGAUGGAGAAGAGGGAGAUUUAGAGCAAGAAGAGGAGGAAGAAGGCAAUCAGGAGAUUGUAGAAUUCCUUCUCAGUAGUGAAGAAACGGAAACCAAAGACGAGAAAGAAAUGGAGAAAGACAACAGUGAUGGCAGCAGUAACAUUGGCAAGUCAGUUGGCCUUCUCUCUGUCCCCAAACCUCUGUCAUCCGAGACCUUACUUCUAUUUAAGGACAACUCUUCCAAGAUGGGUUACUUUCCUAGUGAAGAAAAAUCAGAGACAGAUGAAAUCUCAGGCAAAAGGUCUAGCAAACUGGAUGAAGAUGAUUCAUGCUCAUUGCUAACAAAGGAGAGCAGCCACAAUAGCAGCUUUGAGCUGAUUGGCUCCACGAUUCCAUCCUAUCAGCCUUGCAAUAGACAGACAGGCCGUGGGACCAGUUUUUUCCCUACAGCAGGAGAUUUCAGAUCUCCUUCCCCUGGGCUAUUUCGAGCCAGUUUGGUCAGCUCAGCUUCUAAGAGUUCAGGAAAGCUGUCUGAGCCUUCACUUCCCAUAGAGGAUUCCCAGGAUCUGUAUAACGCCUCCCCAGAGCCUAAGACACUUUUCCUAGGAGCCGGAGACUUCCAGUUUUGUUUAGAAGAUGACACUCAGAGCCAACUGUUGGAUGCAGAUGGGUUCUUAAACGUUAGAAACCACAGGAAUCAGUACCAGGCUUUGCAGCCUGGCUUGCCAUUGGCCAGUAUGGAUGAGAAUGCCAUGGAUGCUAACAUGGAUGAGCUAUUGGAUCUGUGUACCGGAAAGUUCACAUCUCAAACCGAAAAAACUCAGCCCAGGAAGAAUGACAAGAAAGAGAACCUGGAGGAACUUCUGAAUCUUUGUUCAGGAAAAUUCAUUUCUCAGGAUGCCUCUACUCUGAUUCCAUCAGAGUUAAAUAAGCAGGAGAAGGAGAGCAGCUUGGGGGAUCCGAUGGAAGAAGCACUUGCUCUUUGCUCAGGUUCUUUCCCCACAGACAGGGAGGAAGAAGGUGAAGAGGAGGAAUUUGGAGACUUUCGGCUUGUCCCAAAUGAUAAUGAGUUUGACAGUGAUGAGGAUGAACGCAGUAACUCUGCUAAUGAAGAUGUGGCCCUGGAAGACCAUGAAGAUGAUGAUGAGGAAGAGCUCCUGAAGCAGUCUGAGAGGUUGAAAAGGCAAAUGAGAUUGAAGAAAUACCUGGAGGAUGAGGCAGAGGUGUCGGGGAGUGAUGUGGGAAGUGAAGAUGAGUAUGAUGGGGAAGAGCUUGACGAAUAUGAACAGGACGAAAUUGAUGAAGCACUUCCUUCUGACGAGGAGCUGCAGAAUCAAAUCAAGAAAAUACACAUGAAAACGAUGUUGGAUGAUGAUAAGCGACAGCUACGUUUAUACCAAGAGAGGUACCUCGCUGAUGGGGAUCUGCACAGUGACGGUCCUGGCCGAAUGAGGAAAUUCCGAUGGAAAAACAUAGAUGAUGCUUCCCAGAUGGACUUGUUCCACAGAGACUCUGAUGAUGAUCAGAUCGAAGAGCAGCUUGAUGAGACGGAAGCCCGUUGGAGGAAGGAGCGAAUUGAACGAGAGCAGUGGCUUCGGGACCAGGCACAGCAGGGGAAAAUUGCAGCUGAAGAAGACGACAUUGGGGAAGACAGUCAGUUUAUGAUGCUAGCCAAGAAAGUUACAGCCAAAGCACUACAGAAAAAUGCCAGUCAUGCUGUGGUUGUUCAAGAACCAAAGUCUUUACUCAGAAAUCCUUUUGAAGCCAUCAGGCCGGAAAGUGCACACCAGCUGAAGACAGGCUCACUGCUAAACCAGCCCAAAGCUGUGCUUCAGAAACUGGCUGCCCUCUCUGACCUGAACCCCAGUGCACCCCGAAAUUUAAGAAACUUUGUCUUCCAUACACUUUCUCCUGUUAAGGCUGAGGCAGCGAAAGAAUCAUCUAAGCCUCAGGUAAGGAGAAGGGCUCCAUCUUUAAUGGCAUCCCCUUCACCUAAGCGCCUCAAAACAGAUGAUAGCACUUCAGGAUUGAAGCAAAGCAUCUUCAGAUACUUGGAAAGCUAA